AUGAUUAAGCAGAAAACUGAAUUGCUCUGGAUUUUAUGCCAGAAUCAUUUAGAUUUGAUUGCUGAAUAUUAUUGUAAUAUUCAUAGAGAAAUAGUAUGCCAUUUAUGUGUCCACAAAGGUCAUGCUAAUCAUGCGAAAAAGCUUGAUCACAUAGUUGCUAGUGAUGUGCAGGGAUUUUGUGAGAGAGCAAUCGAAAGGCUGAAGGAAAGGAGGAGCAAGAUUACUGACUUAAUUAAUGAGAUUGAAAUUUUCAAGCAGAAAGAGAGAAGCUACCCAGCUGAAGUAUUUAUAAAGAUUCUAAGAGAGGUACAGGAUUCUUUACUACCUUAUUUGGGUAAGAAAGAAAGAAGAGAACUAUUGUUGAAGUACAUUGGAAAAGGCUGUUCAGUAGAUGAUUUCAGCGAAGAAACUUUAUCCGUAUUUAAUAUAACUGAUGAGCAUGAAGAACUCUUAAAAUAAUGGAUUUAUGGUGAAGAUGAAAUUUAAAAUUCAAAAUUUGAGCUAUUAUUUAAAGCAACUAGAGAUUCAUUUAGCAGUAUCAAGAUGCAUGAAAUGAUUGAUAACAAAGGACCGAUUGUAGGAAUAAUAAAAUCUGAACAUGACUAGGUAUUUGGAGGAUACUCUUCAAUAGGAUGGAAAGCAAAUGAUGGCUAGACUGCAGAUGACAAAGCCUUUAUUUUCAGCCUAACUAAAAAGACUAAACAUGAGCAAUAUCAAAAUAAGGAUUAGGCUUUGUAUUAUGCUAAUUCAUACAUGCUAUGGUUCGGUUAUGACAUUAACUUAUACACUGAUUGUAAUAUCAAUGGAAUUUAAAAUGACAGCAGCUAUUCCAACUUUGGAACUAUAUACAGGCCACCUGAUGGAAUGGUAUAUGGAUAAGAAUCUGCAAAUACUUAUCUCGCAGGUUCACAUUAUUUCAGUGUAAAAGAGAUUGAAAUAUACAAAGUUUCUUAUGAGGAAUGA